CAAACCAGAGCCUACUCGGUUUUGACAGAAACUCCCGUGGCCAAGUUGUACAACUAUAAGGACGUAAAGGAAAUUGCAUCAAAUCCUCAGAGCUACCCAGGUAGUGUCUUGGUUGAUGUCAGAGAACCAGUUGAAUUCAACGACGGUCACAUCCCUGGAGCUCUCAACAUUCCGUUCAAGUCUUCUCCCGGAGCUUUGGACUUAUCGGCUGAAGAAUUCCGUGAAAACUUCGGCUUCGAUAAGCCUUCUCCCGAAAAGGAACUUGUGUUCUACUGUCUUGGUGGUGUCAGAUCCACAGCUGCUGAAGAAUUGGCCAACACUUUCGGCUACACCAAAAGAGGCAACUACGUUGGUUCCUGGGAAGACUGGGUCGCAAACGAAAAUGCU